UUAGCAAAGCCAUGGCAGCUGGCUUUGGGGUAAUGGGGGCCUCCUUAGUCACGCUGAGCGAUGCAGCCCUCCUGGGGUUAUUGCGAGUGCCCGGGAGAGUGGCGACUCCCGCCCCGGAGGGGGAAGGGUGGCCUGUUUCCAAGUCCGGCUUGGUCAGGUGACAGCGGCGCGGCAUACUCAGCAGCAAUAAAACGGAAGGACAGCCCCUGUGAGGCCGCGCCAGCCUGCAAAGAAGACAGCCGGCCCGCGCGGGGGGACAUGCGGCCCAGGGAGCUCCCCGGCCUCGCUCUCCCGCUGCUGCUGCUGCCGCCGCUGCUGCCGCCUUGCCCUGCCCGCAGCGCUGCGCGCUUCGACCCCACCUGGGAGUCCCUGGACGCCCGCCAGCUGCCCGCGUGGUUCGACCAGGCCAAGUUCGGCAUCUUCAUCCACUGGGGCGUGUUUUCCGUGCCCAGCUUCGGUAGCGAGUGGUUCUGGUGGUAUUGGCAAAAGGAAAAGAUACUGAAGUAUGUGGAAUUCAUGAAAGAUAAUUACCCUCCUAGUUUCAAAUAUGAAGAUUUUGGACCACUAUUUACAGCAAAAUUUUUUAAUGCCAACCAGUGGGCAGAUAUUUUUCAGGCCUCUGGUGCCAAAUACAUUGUCUUAACUUCAAAACAUCACGAAGGCUUUACCUUGUGGGGUUCAGAGUAUUCGUGGAACUGGAAUGCCAUAGAUGAGGGUCCCAAGAGGGACAUUGUCAAGGAACUUGAGGUAGCCAUUAGGAACAGAACUGACCUGCGUUUCGGACUGUACUAUUCCCUUUUUGAAUGGUUUCAUCCACUCUUCCUUGAGGAUGAAUCCAGUUCAUUCCAUAAGCGGCAAUUUCCCGUUUCUAAGACAUUGCCAGAGCUCUAUGAGUUAGUGAACGCCUAUCAGCCCGAGAUUCUGUGGUCGGAUGGUGACGGAGGAGCACCGGAUCAAUACUGGAACAGCACAGGCUUCCUGGCCUGGCUAUAUAAUGAAAGCCCAGUUCGGGACACAGUAGUCACCAAUGAUCGUUGGGGAGCUGGUAGCAUCUGUAAGCAUGGUGGCUUCUAUACCUGCAGUGAUCGUUAUAACCCAGGACAUCUUUUGCCACAUAAAUGGGAAAACUGCAUGACAAUAGACAAGCUGUCCUGGGGCUACAGGAGGGAUGCUGGAAUCUCUGACUAUCUUACAAUUGAAGAAUUGGUGAAGCAACUUGUAGAAACGGUUUCAUGUGGAGGAAAUCUUUUGAUGAAUAUUGGGCCCACACUAGAUGGCACCAUUUCUGUAGUUUUUGAGGAGCGACUGAGGCAAAUGGGGUCCUGGCUAAGAGUCAAUGGAGAAGCUAUUUAUGAAACCCAUACUUGGCGAUCCCAGAAUGACACUGUCACCCCAGAUGUGUGGUACACAUCCAAGCCUAAAGAAAAAUUGGUCUAUGCCCUUUUUCUUAAAUGGCCCACAUCAGGACAGCUGUUCCUUGGCCAGCCCAAAACUAUUCUAGGGGCAACACAGAUUGCAUGAAUUUAACUUAGAAAACCAACAGUCAACUAACAGUUUAUUCAAAUGGCUGAAGUGCAGUGGCAUGAUCACAGCUCAUUGCAGCCUUGACUUCCUGGGCUCAGGCGAUUCUCCCACCUCAGCCUUCCAAUUAACUGGGACUACCAUGUGCUACCAUGCCCAGCUACAUUUUUAUAUUUUUUUUGUAGAGAUGUGGUCUCUCCCUAUGUGUCCCAGGCUGAUCUUGAACUCACGGGCUCAUGCGAUCUGCCUGCCUCCACCUCCCAAGGUGCUGGGAUUACAUGCCUGAGCCAUUUGUUUUUUCUUCACUCACUAUGAUGGCUAGAACUUUCACAACAUAUUAAACAAUGAUGAUAAUAGGCUUGAUGGAAAUGUUUCUAGCAUUGAAUUGUGAAGCAUGAAGUUGGUUAUUCAAAUGAAAUAGAAAAACAUAGAAAAUAUCUGAGUGCCGUGUGUGAGUAAAGAAAUAUGAAAGGGCACAAGAUAGUCUUUGACUUUUGAGAGGAUGCUUAAAAUGUAACUGACGAAUAAAACUCCAACUCGAGGUAGCACAUGUUGUGUUGUUAUGUAAAAGUUAUAUAUAAAAGUGCAGAUAAUAGGUACUAUAGUUCAGAAAAGAAACACUAUCAUGGCUGAUGUGGUUGUAGUAUAAUUUUUACUGUUCUUCAGUGUACAAAAUCAAAUAUUUAUUUAUGUUAAAAUAACCAUUACAAUUAUGUAUCACCACUUGGGAAAUAAUGAAUACCUUGCUAUGUACAGGUUAUAGUAAAAUUUUACUAAUUGGAGCACCUUGAUUUAUACAGUACAUGGGAUGGGUUUUGAGCUAAAAUUUAUUUUUGUAUAACUUAAAACAUUUGUAAAAGAUUUUAGAGUGAGAUUUAAAUCACUUCAGAAAAUAAACUUUAUGGCUCUAAGCAUUCCAAAGGCUCAAUGUCAAUGUCAAAUUAUUGUUUUCUGUACAAUUAAAGGAGGUUCUCAGAGAAUUAGGUAAAUAACUUCUGGCCCUCUGUAUUUAAGGAUUAAGUUGGAUAUUGCACAUACAUAUUGCCUAUCAUUUACUGUGUCCCCAAUUUAAAAAAACUGUUUUAAGCCACUUCCUAUAGGAUGGAUGUGUCUCAAAUUUUAAUGAAUGAGUUUACAGUCAACAUUGAUUUAGUAUCCAUUAUUUUCUGAGUUUGAUAUAAAAAAACUGCCAAACAGAAAUCCUUAAAGAAUGCAAAUUCUAACAUGAGAUCAAAGAUUCUCAUGUUGGGAUAAUAAAGAUAUUAAAAAACUGUAAGAUAUGUUAUGGCAUACAUAAAACCCUGAUUUAGUAAUAGUUAUAAUUAAAAUCACUAACAAUUGCAAUAGCUAAAUAUUUCUAAUACUACGAUAAGGACUGGAAAUAAAUACAUUUAAGUAGUUGUACAACUAUAAGGGGCUAAUUAAUCAAAUGAGGAUCUAUGCCAAAAAUGCCUGGUUAUUGUAAGGAUCAACGUAUUGAAUUGUGCAGACCAAAAUGGCAUGCAGUAAUGGAAUAACAUUAGAUAAUGCAUUAAAAUUUAAGUACAUUGUCAGUUUUAUAUUUUAAAGAGUUAAAAAAAACCCAAUAAUUAGAAUUCGACUUAUAGAAAGGUAAUUUCACAAUUUAAGUACUUCAAUAUAGUGAUGUUUUUGGAAGAAUGCACGUUUUAAUACUGAAACAAACAUUAGCUUCUGCUAAUGAAGACAUUGUUGGUUUAACAGAGUUUAAUUUGUUUAAAAAAUGAGGCACUCAUAUUUACCAGGUUUGUUGUUAUCUGAAACAAAAAGAAAAGGAAAGCACCAUUUUUUAAGAGCAUUCAUUAGUAUAACAUUUUUAUAUGUCAUCUUACCUAUUCAUAGAGUUACCAUGUUGCAGGUCCUGUUCAGUAGGUCGAAAGAACUCAGCCAUAUUGUCUAGAAGUCUACUAAAACCUCGGUUUAAACAGGUAUUCAAAACUGUACUAAAAUCUGGGCUAUAUAAAAUAAGAAGUAUUAGUUACUUUUUAGAUUCUCAAUGGAAGAGAAAACAAAUUCAAUAAUAAUGUGGCUACCUUUGAAAGCCACCAACAUUUCUAGUCACAAUCUAAUACUGUAAAAAUAUAUCAAGGAGUCAAUCUUUAAAAAGUAUUAAAAAUGAGCUCAUUUAGCACAACAUAAUGAGACUCUUCACCCAGUUCACCAGAUUUUUUUAUACUAAUCAGUACUUUGUAUAAUGUAUUUUUUUAAAAAAAUCAAUAUAGUACUACUAUAAUUUUGAGGAAACUCUUGAAUUUCCUUACAGUCAUAGGUUAUUGAUUGUCUUUACAUCCUCAAGCAUGAUAUCCAGUGAGAUGAAAAUAUUAUUGUGUACAGAUGAGGAAUUGAUACUUGAGAGAUGGAGAAACUUGACAAAAGGUAUGUGAUUAGUAAAUUGGGGAGCUUGAAUAUGAGACCAGGGCUCUGUGAUCUUAAUUAUACUCUCUUAGUACCUCACAAAACUCUUUAAUAUAAAGAACAAUAUAUAAUGAUGCUAUGAAACCUACAAAAUAUCUAGUUAUAUUCAAGUUUCUUGACCAGAGUGUGCAUGUAAGUGUGUCUACCUUUUCUCCUUAGUCAUCUCUCUUUUUAAAAGCAUUUUAAUGGCUUUAUUGAAGUAGGACUUAGCAGCCAUAAAAUCCACCCAUUUUAAAUGUACAAGUCAAUGAUUAUUAGUAAAUUUGCAUAGUUGUGCAACUAUCGCUACAAUCCAAUUUUAAAACAUUUUCAUCACCUGUUAUGCACAUUUCCAGUCAAUCCUCAUCUCACUCCUAGCCCCAGGUAACCACUAAUCACUUUUGGUCUGUAUAGUUCUCUGGACAUUUCAUACCAACAGUCAUACAAUAUUUGGUCUUUUGUGUCUGGUUUCUUUCAGUUAUCAUAAUGUUUUGAAGGUUCUUCUAUACUGUAGCAUGUAUCAAUGGCUUGUAUCCCUUUUUUUGCUACAUAGGGCUCCAUUGCAUGAAUACAUCACAUUUUAUCCUUUUGUUAGUUAACAGAAAUCUCAAUUGUGUCUACUUUUUGCCUACUGUGAAUAAUGCUGCUAUGAAAUUUCUGAACAAGUUUUUGUCUAGAGAUGUUUUCAUUCUCUUAAGUAGAUACCUAGGAGUGGAAUUGUUGGUUCGCGUGGUAAAUUUAGGCUGAACCUUGUUCUCUUUUAAAGGUAAUAUAGUAAGGUUCCAAGAAGAAAAAAUGAUUAAGGAGAUGGAAGCUGAAGAAAUGGAAACUGAAGAAAAGAUUAUCAUAGUACCUACUUCCUAGGGUUACUGUAAGGUUUGAGUGAGUUAAGAUAGGUAAAGCAGUAUAGAACAGUGCUUGCUGCAUAAGCACUCAAAAAUGUUGAUUUCUAUUCUUCUUAAUGAAUUCAUUUAGGCCAAUGAAGAAAUGAGAAAUAGAUAAACUUGCUUCCUAUUUCACACACAGAAAAACAGAAACAGAGAGAACUUCCACAUACUUGUCCCACCCAUCUUCCCACUUACAUGCAUCUGACCUGUCCUCAGCCAUCCCUCCUUGACUCCUAAAUUAUUUUACUGUGUAUUGAAUCUCAUUCCUUUCUCUGAUUCAAAGUUGUUUUUUCUUAAAAUUAUCCUGCUUUCCGACAUCAAUUUAUGCCUCUCCUAUCAAUUCAGUAAAUACUUACUGAGUAUCUACUCCAUGCAGGGCACUGUUCUAAGUGCUCAAGAUACACUGGUGAACUAAACAGAUAAAAAUUACUCAUUUCACGGAGUUUAGUAGAAAGGUGUGUAUAAAAAAAUGUUAAAAUCAAAAUAUACUGGCUUCCACGUUCCCCUUAAAUACUAUCCUAUUUCUUCGAAUCUCUUAAAGCAAAAUGUUGAAACAUGUCUAUGCUUGGUCUCUGCUAAAUUCAAAUUCUUUUCAGUUAGGUUAUCUCCACUCCUCCUCUGAAACUUCUCAACAAGAUCACUCAACAACUCUAUCUUGACACAUCUGAUGUUAUUUCUCUGUCUUUAUCUCCUUUGGCCUUUCAGAAGCAUUCAUCCCAAUUAAUCAUAGUCUCCUUGAAACACUGUCUUCAAUUGUCUUCCAAAAUACCUCAUUCUUUUGGUGUUUCUUUUCUUUUGCUGGCAGCUCCUGCUCAGUCUCUUUUACUGGCUCUUCCCCCAAUCCCAAACUCUAAAUGUUGGAGUGCUCUAUGACUCAGUUGUCUUCUAGUCUCUAUCUGUUCCUAUCCCCAUGUCUUUAAAUGCCAUAUAUAAAGUGAUGACUCCAAAAGUUAUAUUUGUAAACUAGCUCUUGAAUUCCAGACUUGUGUAUUCAAUUGCCAAUAGGCAUGUCCACUUGGAUAUGCUUAAUACUGUCAAAAUACAAAUGGCAAUUCCUAUUUCCUCAAAUGCUCAGCCUCAAUACCUAGGAGUCAUCCUUGCCUCCUCUUUCAUAACCCACAUCAAAAAAUUCUACAAGUACUACUGGUUCAACCUUAAGCCUAUUAUUUAAUCACUUCUUAUUGCCACCACGGCUACCACCCAAUCCAAGCUACAACUGUCUCUUGAUUAGGCUACUUCAACUCUUGAAACUGGUUCCCUUCUUCUGUUCUUAUCUCUUUGUAGCCAACUAACCAUAGAACAAUGAGAUCUUUGUUCAGAAACACAGAUGAUGUCGUUGCCCUGCUUAAAACACUCCAAUGGCUUCCUAUACAUUAAGAAUAAAAAAAAAAUUUCUUAUCAUGGACCACAAAGUUUGACACAUUCUGGAGUUGCCAUGUAUCUCUCCAAUCUCACAUCCCUAUUGCUUUUCUAAUUCACUGUGCUCCAGCCAACAAUGGCCUCCUUGCUAUUCCUUGAACAAGCCAAGCGUUAGGAUUCCUGCAACUGUUCUUCUGCCUUGAACUGUAUUCUUCUGGGUUAUAAGGUUCAUUUCCACAGUAGAUUCAGGUUUCUGCUCAAAUGACAUCUCCUCAAAGAAGCCUUUUCUGACCAACCUAUUACAAACAGCAUCCCUGGUCACUCUCUAACCCCGUAACCUUCUUUGUGCUUCAUCAACAAAGUUACAUAUACUUGACAUUAUAUCAGAUUUAUUAGUUUAUUAUUUUUCUCUCCCACUAACAAACAUAUUCCAGGAGGGAUGAAGACCUAGCAUUUAGAACAGUACCUAAUAUACCACAGACAGCCAAUACAUAUUUGAUGAAUCAUUCAUUCAAUGAAAGAAAUGAACUAAGCAAAUGAAAAAAUUUUAUUUCUAUCUAUGAAAUGUAGAAAUUUCAAUCCAGACAAGCUCCUGAGGGUGAAGGACUAGGGCUAUACAUUUGGCUUUAACUACUAGCAUGUUAAAGUAAUGGGAGUACAAAACAUUGCUUGGGAGGCAGUUGCCAAUGAAGUAAGAACAAAUACAUGGGAAAUACUGAUGGCUUUUUUUGUUUUGUUUUGUUUAAGACAGGAUCUUACUCUGUCGCCCAGGCUGGAAUGCAGUGGUGCAAUCAUGGCUCACCACAGCCUCAACUUGCCAGGGCUCAGGUGAUCCUUCCACUUCAGCCUCUUGAGUAACUGGGACCACAGGUGUGCACCACGAUGCCUGGCUAAUUUUUUUUCUUUUGUUUAAGAGAUGGGGUUUUGCCAUCAAACCCAGGAUGGUCUUGAACUCCUAAGCUCAAGCAAUCUACCUGCCUCGGCCACCCAAAGUGCUGGUAUUACAGGCAUGAGACACUGCGCCAGGUUGGGAACACUGAUGUUUAAAGGGAAGACAGAGAUAGAAAAAUCUAAGAAAUGAUGUGAAAGGUGGGAGAAAAAUUAGAUUAUACUGUCAUGAAAGUUAUGUGAGCAAGAAUUUCAAGAAAGACAGUAUCAAAUAUCAGAGAAAGGUCAAAUAAGAACAUCACAGAUUCACUGGAAAUGGCAAAAGAUCUCUGAUGACCUUCUGCAGAGCUUCAUGAAAUGAUGUGGUGGAAAUCUGAAUAAGGAAAAAAGUCGACAUUCCUACUUAGAAAAACAAAAGAUAGAACUCGAUGAAUUCAGACAGUAGAGUUAGUAGCUGAGUCACACCCUAAGAAAUCCCUGCUUCCCUCCAGUUUGAGUAGAAAAUGCUGUCUAAAGGUGGGGGAACAGUCCAAAAUUUAAUUUUAAUAUAAUAUUAUACUGACUAUGUUGUUCAAGAAAAACUAAAAAAUAGUCACAAGUACAUUCAACAUACGCACACAUUUUUCCUGUUAUGUGAAGUAUACAUACCUUUCCAACAUGUCUCUAGUUUCAUUGAGAAGUUUAAUAGUGGUAAUGUCUCGAGGAGAAAGUCCACAGGCCUAUAGAAUUGAAAUGUCACACUUUAGGUUUUUAAACAUUAGCACAGCAUCAUGAUGAAACUAAUCACAUUCAUAAAAUAAAGAAUUCAGGAAAUCUAAAAGUCUAUGUUCUAUCAACAAUAAAAAAAUUAGACUAAAAAAACGCUGUAAUGGUUUAUGUGCGCAGAUAAGUAGUAUUUAAGACAUGAGUAAAAGUAAAAUUAUACUUAGUAAGAUCUUUGUUUAUCUGGCCCUUCUUGGAUAGAUUUCUAGCAUAGUUAGACAAAGAAGAAAUAGGUUUUGAGUUUACAGAGGUCUGAAUUUGUUUUUAAUUUAAAUUAAAUUUUAUAAUUAUUAUUAUUUUAAGACAGGAUCUCACUCUGUCAUCCAGGUUGGAGUGCCGUGGCAUGAUCAUAGCUCAGACAACCUCGAACUACUGGGCUCAAGUGAUCUUCCAGCCUCAGCUUCCUAAAUAGUAGCUAGGACUACAGGCAUGGGCCACCAUGCUAAUUUUUAAUUUUUUUUUUGUUUUUGGUAGGUAUAGGGUCUUGUUAUGUUUCCCAGGCUGGUCUUAAACUCCUGGCCUCAAGCCAUCCUCUUGCUUGGCCUCCCAAAGCAUUUUCUUUUAAGAGACAGAGCUCACUGUGUUGCCCAGGCUGGAAUGCAAUGGUGCAACCAUAGCACACCACAGCCUUGAACUCUGAGCUUAAAAAAUCUUCCCUUCUUAGCCUUUUGAGUAGCUGGGACUAUAACCAUGUACCACUAUGCCCAUUUGGCUGAUUUUUUAAAUUUUAAUUUUUGGAGACAGGAUUUUGCUUUGUUGCCCAGGCUAGUCAUGAACUCCUGGACUCACAUGAUCCUCCCACCUCAACCUCCCAUGUUUUUUUCUUUUAUCAGUAUACAUGUGUGUCUUUUUUCAUCAAUCUAAUCUGAAACUCUAUGUGUCCUUUCAAUCUUAAAUUUCAGGUUGUAAUUCAGUUCAGUAAGAUCUGGUCCAUCAUUUUUCUCUUCAUCUUCUUUCUUUGAAUUGUUUUCUCUGUAGUUCUGUUUUGAAUUCUGAAAACAUAAAUUGAUUUAGAGUCCUAAAAAUAUUUUUUAAUACUCUUAUUGUGUCUCCUUGAGAUUCUAUUUUAUAAGUUUUCUCCUGUUUCAUUAAUUCUGUCCCAUCUGUUCUGUUUGAUCAGUUUUUGUCUUUAUCUUUCAAGUUAUAGGGUUUCCUUAAAUGGAAUGCAACAUUUUUUUUUUUUUUUUUUUUUUUUUGCCUACUCAUGAAUGUAGGAUCUCUCAGCAGCCAAACAGGUUCAUCUUUGAGGUCUCUGGGAGUGGAAAAUCCUUCAGGCAAUGAAAACAAGGCAUUCUGUUCUAACAGUGCCUCUAUGCUGAGGUAUGGCAUAGGGGUCUCUCUGUUCUAAGGCUUUUCCAGUUGUCAAUUGAGAGCUGUUCUCCCAAUUACAAAGAAUGGGUAUAAGCCAGCAGACAAAAUUUUUGGAUUAGACUUUGUUUCUCAAGUGGAUGACUAUAAUGUCCUCAGUCCAUUUUUGUACUGCCAUCAUUAACUUUUUUAAAAUGCAAAGGUGAUUGUGUUACUGGACUGGUUAAAAUCUACCUUUCUUUGUGUACAAAUUGGAGUUCAGACUCCUUAUCUUGGCAUACAAAGCUCUUUAUAAUCUUGCCCUGACCUUUAGCUCUAUGUUCUGAUACUUGAUCUGAUACAAAAAUAUGUGUAGCCACACUAAUAGAAUUUGUAUCUUCAGUUCCCCAAGUGUAAUGGGCAGGUCUUACUAAUUUUACAUCUCCAAUAUGUAUCACUCUGUCCACUGUUGCAUACCUAAUAAUAAAAAUGUACUGAAUAUCUAAAA